CCAUAGAGUUCUGUGCCUGGAAUGGUGGUGUGUCGCACAGGCGCAGCAUGCUUCUGCGCCGUUUGGCAUUGGUUGGCUGUGCCCGUUUCGACCAUGCACGGCUGAACUCACCUCACCGGCCUCUCACCACCGUCGUCUUGCGAGGCCUCGUCACAUCCCACAAUCGAUGUGCCACGGCAUCGCAGAACACAGGUUGCUCAUGAUCAGAUGCUGUUCCCUUUCCAGCUCUUGCUCCGGCUGGUUACGCGGUACCGGGUCCAUUCCGUACCUUCUGUGCAGCGACGCUUCUGGUUCAAGUGCGCAUUGGAAUGACCAGCGACCCAAGCAGCACCUUGCCAUGACACAAACACCGGGCCAUCAAACACUCGGCUCGCCUGUCCUUCCUGCACACAGCCCGAGAGUCCUUCAGGCGGCGUCGUUCGCGAGUCGUUCAUGCACUCCUGCAUCCGCUCCGGCAGGUCCAACAAAACAAGGUUUGUUUCGAAACCGAUCGGCGGCCGCACACCACACGGUUGAGGACGCGCUCCGUGCCGUUCGCAGCGGCGCGCCAAGCUCGGUCCCGUGGCAUGGCAUGACGGCCGCCAACGUCGACCCACUUGCCUGCAGCUCGUCACGACUACCCCGCAAACUGGGCAAGCAGGUUGGACGACAACACGAGACGCAGUGUGCGUCAGAUAUCGCAGCCGAGGUGGCUGGAGCCUCGCCGUGGUCACACGGGCGGCCUUCCACGGCCCUUCGCGUAGGGAGCGCGGCUGCUUUGAGCCCGCCAGGUGCACAGCUGCAUUCUUCGGCUCCUGCCGACGUCGACACAGCAGCAGAGACAUGCCACGUACAAGCGGCCCGCGAAGGACGUGAUGCUUCGGCUGCCGGUUCGACCGGUUCGCAGGAGGUCAGCUGGCACGGAUCGCGACGAGCCUGCUUGCUUAUUUCGACGUCGCGAUCGGGGCGGGACGCACGCAGUAAGCGCCCGGCUGCAGCCACGCACAAAGACGCUCCGAGCGAGUGCUGCAGCAGCCAGACAGGAAGGGACGAAUAGACACCACCAGCGUCUCCACGACGUAUGAAGCCACAAAGUAGAUCAGCCCAGCGUGAAUGUCAAGAUACCCAUUGCAUCACACCCCCUCCCCAACUCAGCCGCCUGCACCCAC